AUGGCAGCCAUUUCAUGGGUUUUGAGUUGUUUUGUCUCGAUUCUUCUGCUGACUCAACGAGUCAACUCGGAGUCAAUCCAGGAGAAGCAAGCUCUCCUCGACUUCAUCCAACAGAUACCUCACGAGAAUCGUCUUCAGUGGAACGAGUCUGACUCAGCUUGUAACUGGGUCGGAGUCGAAUGCAACCCGAACCGGUCUUCCGUCUACUCUCUCCGGUUACCAGGAACCGGUUUAGUAGGUCAGAUCCCAUCCGGAUCGUUGGGUCGACUCACUCAGCUCCGAGUUCUCAGUCUCCGCUCCAAUCGUCUCUCCGGUCAGAUCCCUCCCGAUUUCUCCAACCUCACUCACCUCCGGAGCUUAUAUCUACAACACAACGAAUUCUCCGGCGAGUUCCCGGCGAGCAUAACUCAGCUAAACGGCUUGAUUCGUCUCGACAUCUCUGCUAACAACUUCACCGGACCGAUUCCUUUCUCAGUCAACAAUCUCACUCACUUGACCGGUCUCUUCCUCGGAAACAACCGAUUCUCCGGGAAUCUUCCGAGCAUCAGCGUUGACUUAACCGACUUCAACGUCUCCGACAACAACCUAAACGGUUCGAUUCCAUCGUCAUUGUCUAAAUUCUCCGCCGCGUCCUUCACCGGAAACGUAAAUCUCUGCGGCGGUCCAUUAAAGCCUUGCAACCCAUUCUUCAUCUCUCCGUCUCCAUCUCCGACGGCGUCGAGUGAUCCGUCGCGGUUAUCGAAAAAGAAACCAAAGCUCUCCAAGGCGGCGAUUAUCGCAAUCGCCGUCGCGUGCGCACUACUUGGUCUUCUCCUCUUAGCUCUUCUCCUAUUCCUCUGUUUGAGAAAACGACGACGAAGCAAUGAGGCUCGAACGAAACAGAGGAAACCAGCGUCGGCAGCAGCAACGAACACCUCCGAUACGAUUCCUCCGGCGGGAGCUUCGUCGUCGAAGGAAGUCACGGGGACGUCGUCGGGGAUGGGAGGAGAGACAGAGAGGAACAAGCUCGUGUUCACGGAAGGAGGAGUGUACAGUUUCGAUUUGGAAGAUUUGUUGAGAGCUUCUGCGGAGGUUUUGGGUAAAGGAAGCGUGGGAACGUCGUAUAAGGCGGUGUUGGAGGAAGGCACGACGGUGGUUGUGAAGCGGCUUAAAGAUGUGGCGGCGUCGAAGAAAGAGUUUGAGUCGCAGAUGGAGAUUGUUGGUAGAAUCAAACACCCGAAUGUUGUUCCUUUGAGAGCUUAUUACUACUCCAAAGAUGAGAAGCUUCUUGUCUUUGACUUCAUGCCUAAUGGAAGUUUAUCUGCUCUUCUUCACGGGAGCCGUGGAUCAGGACGAACACCGUUAGAUUGGGACAACCGAAUGAGAAUAGCGAUAACCGCAGCGAGAGGCUUAGCGCAUCUUCACGUGUCAGCCAAAUUGGUACACGGAAACAUCAAAGCCUCGAACAUACUUCUCCAUCCAAACCAAGACACCUGCGUCUCUGACUAUGGACUUAACCAACUGUUCAGUAACUCGAGUCCACCUAACCGUUUAGCUGGCUAUCACGCUCCUGAAGUUCUCGAGACACGGAAAGUAACGUUCAAGUCGGAUGUGUACAGUUUUGGGGUGUUACUUCUUGAGCUGUUGACAGGUAAAUCGCCAAACCAGGCGUCGCUUGGAGAAGAAGGCAUCGAUCUGCCGCGGUGGGUGCUUUCUGUGGUUAGGGAAGAAUGGACUGCUGAAGUGUUCGACGUUGAGCUGAUGCGGUAUCACAACAUAGAGGAGGAAAUGGUUCAGCUUCUUCAGAUCGCAAUGGCGUGUGUGUCGACGGUUCCUGAUCAAAGACCGGUGAUGCAAGAAGUGUUGAGAAUGAUUGAAGAUGUGAACAGAAGUGAGACGACCGAUGACGGGUUAAGACAAUCGUCUGAUGACCCGUCGAAAGGAUCAGAAGGUCAGACUCCUCCAGGGGAAUCAAGGACACCGCCACGUUCGGUCACGCCUUAG